UGCUCAUCUUACUUGUUCCCAUCAUCUCCUCUGAAACUCCAAUAUUAAUAGGGAUCAAACUAUGGCUUCCCGCGCCGUGACAGCCCUUGUCAGACGUAUUACUGAUGUAUGUAACUUACAAUAGAUCAGAUCAUCAGGUGCUAGUAAUAUCGGGAUGACUCGAUCGGUGCCUUGCUGGCAGCACCGCGACCACAUCAGCUAGUUCAUUAUCGCAUACUCGUCUGGACAAGUUCACUGCUAUCUUGAUCAAAAAAAGGACGGUUCAACCUCAAUCAGCUCUCUCAAAAUGGUCACACACUCCGAUGGGAUUCUUGUCUCAACUAGUGUCAGCACGCCGGUUGAAACUAAUGGGCCUGCUGUCGAAAAGGUCGUCAAAUCUCUUCCAGCAGACUUCUACACAGAGUUUUUGUCCGAUGCCGCCAAAACACGGAAGCCCAGUCCUAUUCGCGGGCUGUUCCCAUUGGAAAAUAAGCCAGGUGUGAUAUCACUUCUAGCGGGAAAACCCAACGAUGCUAUGUUCCCCUUCAAAUCGUUAUCUUUCAAUAUUGCCUCCCCCACGGACCCGUCACAGGAACAGUCAAUCUCGAUAUCUGGAAAGGAUCUUUCGACUGGCCUGCAAUACGGCCCCACUGGUGGUCUUCCUCGUCUUCUGGAGUGGUUCAUAGGAUUGCAAACCCUUUCUCAUGGCCGUAAAUCAGGCGAGGGAUGGAGUUUAUCCGUUGGCAGUGGUUCGCAGGACUUAAUUUAUAAGGCGCUCAACGCUUUAGUGAACACCGGAGAUGCUGUUCUCGUGGAGUCUCCAGUGUACGCUGGUGUCAUCCCAAUAUUUGAAAUCCUACACUGCGAGCAGAUCGAGGUGGAAACAGAUGCGAAUGGGGUGUGUUCUCAUUUGUUACGCAAUAUUUUGGAGAAUUGGCCUGUCGGAAAGCCGAAGCCGAAGAUCUUAUACACGGUGCCCUAUGGCUGCAACCCUACCGGUAUGACAGCGACUCUUGAGCGUCGCAAAGAAGUGUUGCAACUUGCACGCGAACACAAUUUUUUGAUUCUAGAAGACGAUCCCUACUUCUACCUGUACUUUGGAAAAGCUGCUCGGCCACUGUCAUACUUCCAGCUAGAACUUGAUGAGCCUGAGGUCGGCCGGGUUAUCCGGUUCGACAGUUUCUCCAAGAUCCUCUCCGCAGGCAUGCGCAUGGGCUUUGCGUCGGGUCCGAAGCCUAUUAUUGAUGCCAUGAACUUGCAUACUUCAACGGCCAACCUGCAAUCCUCAUCACUCAUUCAGGCGAUUACCCUCGCACUAGUCGAGGAGUGGGGCUACAUCAAUUUCUUCGCUCAUACGCGGGCCGUUGCCGACUUCUACCGCAAGAAACGUGACGUGUUCGAGUCUGCUCUGAAUACGCACCUUGGUGGACUUGCGGAAUGGAGCACCCCUGAAGCGGGCAUGUUUUUCUGGUUCAAGCUACUUCUCUCACCAGAUCAGGCACCUGGCGUAGAUGAGGGUGAUUCAGAAGAUCUUAUACGAACCAGGGCAUAUGAGAAUGGUGUGCUUGCACUCCCUGGCACGGUCUUCCUUCCCAACGGACGUAAGACGGCAUUUGUGAGGGCCUCGUUCUCUUUGUGUACAGAAGAACAAGUGAAUGAAGCGCUGAAGCGCCUCAGAGCUGUGUUAUUGAAAGAGAGAGGACAAGCGUAGAGAGGUUGAACGUAAUACCAAACACGUAGAUGCUUGCAUUUUGUCCAAACCAUUUAGUGGGAACCAUUAAGUUCUUUGUGCUUUGUCAGUCACGUGGUGUUGUUCAUUUUAUCG